AUGGGAUGCGUCACUUUGUCAUCGGUCGGAGAGUACCGUUUAGGUACUGUCGGUGGUGUUGUUUAUGGUGUGGAACUGAAACUUGUGGAUGUCCCAGAUUUUGGUUUGGUUGCAUUACGUGAUGGAAGGGGCGAAAUAUGUGCCAGAGGCGAUCAGUGCAGCAAAGGUUAUUUCAAGGAUCCGGUAAAAACUGCCGAACUUAUUGAUAGUGAUGGUUGGAUUCAUACUGGGGAUAUUGGUGAAUGGACUGAAGAAGGUUCACUCAAAAUUGUGGACCGUGUAAAGAGUAUAUUCAAAUUAUCUCAAGGUGAAUAUAUUGCACCUGAAAAAAUAGAAAUGGCUUAUCAAACUUGCAAAUUAAUAAGUCAAGUAUUUGUGGGUGGUAACAGUCAAAAAAAUUACCCAGUUGCGAUAGUAGUUCCAGAUUUUACUGAAUUGCGUUCCGCUCUAAGCAAUAGUAAGGUACUGCAGCAUCAUAAAAAGCUUUUGGAUUCUGAACUCUGUCGAAAUGAAACUGUUAAUAAAUUCGUUUUGGAGAAAAUGAAUACUAUAGCGACACUAAAACUGUUGAAGGGUUUUGAAAAGGUCCAGGCAAUUUACUUGACAGACGAGGCGUUUACGAUAGACAAUGGCUUAUUGACUCCAACAAUGAAACUAUCACGUAAUAAAGCUCGAAAUCAUUUUUCAAAAACAAUAGUUAGUUUAUACACACAGCAUGAGCUUAAUUCUUCUUCAACUUAA